AAGCUGAGCGUUCAGUAACGUUUCAAAGCCAGACGCGCAAAGAUUGCUAAUUCCUACGCCCAAGUAGUCGACGAGCAUCAGAACAUGGAGCACAUUCGAUUCAUUGGCAAAGCCCUCACAGCCGUAAUCGCCGGCACUCUGCUGCUCCUGAUGACCGCCAUUUACCGGGAGGAAAACGACUCCGGCAACUCCCACUACAUCCACCCAAGACACACCAUGCAGUAGCUCCAUCGUGGCAUCUCUCUGGAGAUCGAUUUACCCUAGUCCGAUGUCCGAUCAAGCAAUCAAAUCGCUCAAAUCGCUCGAAAAUGCACCAGAAUAACCGGUUGAGUUUAUUAUCUUGGCAAAUAACGUUAGGAUUUAUGAACAUAAUUAUGUAAAACUCAACCCCUCGUCAAAUAGGAUAACUAAUCUAACUUACACGUGUGUGCUAUGAUGUUAGCAUCUAGAAAGAAUAAAUAUCAUUAGUUAUAGUUUAAAAAUAAAAUAUUAAUUGCAAUUAAAUCGAUUGAAUUGUUUACUUUCCAUCAACUUCCA